AUGCUUGGUGGCUUGGGCGUGCGGCGGGCAAUGGGCCGUCUGCACCACAGGACAGCGGAGCAGAGGCAGGUCGUUAACGAAAUGCGGCAGCGCGCUGAGGAGCUCACGGCGAGCGGGCAGGCGUUGGCGAGGGCGAAGCACAUGAGCCCACAGCCGCUAUGCUUCGUGGAGGUGGCUGGCGAGGUUGACUUCCAGCGGAGCUUCUUCCCUGAUGGCAUGCUCAGUGGCGUUGCCAUCGGCGUCUCCGACGCGCUGGAUGUGCGGGACUUCCGCACGCGCUACGGCACGGAUUCACAGCUGUUGCAGCAGAUGCCACACAGCGAGUUCCCGUUUGUCUCGUGGCUGCGUCGCCACGGUGCACAGUUCGUAGGAAAGUUGGCUUGCAGAACGCCGCUGACGCUUGGCGAGGCGAGUUUGAUUGUGCCCGACUCCCCGGCUGCAGUGUCGGUUUUUCAGAAUGCUUGCAAUUACGCAAUUAGUUCCGCCCUCAUGGGUCCGGCGGCUAUGACGUCGCCGCUGCAUUACGAUGUGGCCGCAUUCAAGCCGACUGCGCAGUCUUUCGCCACCUUCACGGAUAGCCAUCGACUGGGCAUUCCCUCUAUGUCUGUUGGCAUAACGGCGGCGCGGCUCGAUGACAUAUUCUAUCUAUGGGAGGUCUUUACUUCUGCCAUCCAGCCAAGCGUAUUCGAGGAUGAACGGAAGGAAUCAAGUACAAAUGGUGGUAGCGGCAGGAGCAGUAGCAACAGCAGCAGCAGCAGCAUCAAUGGUAAGAAUGCAGAGCAGGGAAACAACAACAACAGCAUCAGCAGCAGCGGUUACGUAGGUGGUUGGAGUGGUGACGCUUGGCGCCUGCACCGCAACGACUACAUCGGCCUCCAUGGACAUGCCUCCUCUGGCGCGGAGGAGGAGCUGCUCGGACCGCACAUUGAGUUGUCUGUCGGUUACCCCGCCGACUGGAUCGACGAACUCUGCCAAGAGCGUCUCUUGUCUGCCGACGAGUUCCGUCGCCGCAUCCUACGUCUCGCCUCCACACGCAAUGCGAUGCAGAAGAACGAGGUGCUGGAGGUCAUUCCACUGAUAAUUGAUGUUGACCUGGAGACGGUGGUGAAGGCGACACAGACCAUCGCACUGUAUGAGCUGUCGCAGACCUUUGACCGCCUCUACUCAUGGACGGGACCAGAUGGGAAGAGAGUGCCGUCGCCGUCUGCUCCUGCUGUUGGCAGCAUGUCGCAGCCUGGUGUGUUGGAGGAGCUGCCGGAGGAGUUGGUGUCAGCGAUCUACCACGGCAGGGCACUGACGUACCUCGACUACCAUAGAGCACUACGCACUCGUGACACUGUCGUGCGGGUGAUAGAGGAGCAGUUCCGCGAUGUCGAUCUCAUUGUAGCUCCGAUCUUAUCGGAGCCGUACGUGAACAGUAGCAUGCGCAGCAUUGGCAUCUUACUGCCGUUCUCUCUCGGUGGCAACCCGAUGGUGUCAGUGCAGCUUGAGCCUGACCUUCCAGUCGCGUUGAUAGGGGAACUUGGGCGCGAUACAGGUCUGUUUGAGGACAGCACGACAUUCCUCCAGUUUGUGCGGGGAACGUCACCGCGGUGGUGGCGCCGCAAGUUUAUGAGGUAG